GUGGGGCGGGUCGCGCGCAUGCGCGGGGGGCGGGCCGUGGCGGCGGUGCUGCGGAGCCGUGGUUGCCGGGGCUCCGGACGCCAUGUCGGGCCGCUCCGUGCGAGCUGAAACCCGCAGCCGCGCCAAAGAUGACAUCAAAAAAGUGAUGGCGGCCAUCGAGCGGGUCCGCAAAUGGGAGAAGAAGUGGGUGACGGUCGGAGACACAUCCCUUCGGAUAUUCAAGUGGGUGCCUGUAGCAGACAGUAAGGAGAAAGAGAAGUCCAAAACAAGUAGCAGCACUGCCCGAGAACCCAAUGGCUUCCCAGUGGACUCAUCUGCCAACUCCUCCCUCCUCCUGGAGUUCCAGGAUGAGACCAGUAACCAGAGCUCCUUAUCGGACGUUUACCAGCUCAAGGUCGACAGCAGCCCAAACUCGAGCCUCAGCCCCCAACAGAGCGAGUCAAUGAGUCCUGCACAUACGUCCGACUUCCGCACGGACGAUUCGCAGCCACCUACACUGGGGCAGGAGAUCCUGGAAGAGCCCUGCUUGCCUCCCUCGGAAGUUGCAGAUGAGCCUCCCACUCUCACGAAGGAGGAGCCUGUCCCUCUUGAGACUCAGGAAACUGAAGAGGAGGAUUCUGGGGCGCCGCCUCUGAAGAGAUUUUGUGCUGAUCAGAACUCUGUGUGCCACACAGCCUCGGAGAGCUAGGGAUGGGCCCCUCCCGCCAGCUCCUCCCCACCCACCCCACCCCGCUGCAGAGCCCUCUCCUGGGACCGGCCCCUCCUGUCAGUCCUGCCUGCAGAGCCGGCCUGCCCUUCCCAGAGAUAGGCCCCUCCUGCCAGCCCCCUGCAGAGCCAGUCUGCCUUCCUCAGGGAUGGGCCCCUCCCGCCAGCCCCCCGCAGAGCCAGUCUGCCUUCCCCAGGGAUGGGCCCCUCCCGCCAGCCCCCCGCAGAGCCAGUCUGCCCUCCCCAGGGAUGGGCCCCUCCCGCCAGCCCCCCACAGAGCCAGUCUGCCCUCCCCAGGGACGGGCCCCUCCCACCAGCCCCCCGCAGAGCUGGUCUGGCCUCCCCAGGGAUGGGCCCCUCCCGCCAGGCCCCAGCAGAGCCGGUCUGCCCUCCCCAGGGAUGGGUGCCUCCUUCCAGCCCCCCGCAUGGCUGGCCUGCCCUCCCCAGGAAUGGGCCCCUACCACCAGCCCCCCGUCCUGCCACAGUGCCCGCCAACCCUAUCCAGGGAUGGGUCCCUCCUGGCAGCCCCCCACAGAGCCAGCCUGCCGUCCCCAGGGACAGCCCUCCCCGCCCUCCUCACCCCUCUGAGCCUGCCUGCCCUUCCCGGGGACAGGCCCCUUCCACCAGCCCUGUGCAGAGCCUGUCUGCCCUCCCCAGGGAUGGGCCCCUCCCACUAGCUUUCCGCAGAGCCGGCCUGCCCUCCCCAAGAAUGGGCCUCUCCCGGCAGCCCCCCGCAGAACCAGCCUGCCCUCCCCAGGGGCAGCCCUUCCUUCACCCCCAGAGCCAGCCUGCCCUCCCCAGGGACGGGCCCAUCCCAGCAGCCCCCCACAGAGCCAGCCUGAUCUCCCCAGGGACGGGCACCUCUCUCCAGCCCCCCACAGAGCCCACCUGCCCUCUCCAGGGAUGGGCCUCUCCCACCAGCUCCCCGCAGAGCCAGCCUGCCCUCCCCAGGGAUGGGCCCCUCCCGCCAGCCCCCUGCAGAGCCGGUGUGCCCUCCCCAGGGAUGGGUGCCUCCUUCCAGCCCCCCCCCCCCUGCAGAGCCAGUUUGCCCUCCCCAGGGUCGGGCCCCUCCCGCCAGCCCCCCGCAGAGCCAGCCUGCCCUCCCCAGGGACGAGCCCCUCCCGGCAGCCCCCCACAGAGACAGUCUGCCCUCCCCAUGGAUGGGCUCCUCCCUCCAGCUCCCCACAGAGCCGGUCUGCCCUCCCCAGGGAUGUGUGCCUCCUUCCAGCCCCCCCGCAGAGCUGUCUGCCCUCCCCAGGGACGGGCCCCUCCCGCCAGCCCCCCGCAGAGCCAGCCUGCCCUCCUGAGGGAUGGGAUCCUCCUGCCAGCCCCCCACAGAGGAACUAGUCUGUCCUUCCCUCAGAGACAGGCCAGGGCACCUCGCACCAUCAGUACGUGCAGACUUUUUCCCACUGAUCUGUGCUGGUGCAGCAGGGGCAGAGCUGGUCAUGCAGCCUGCUCAUGUGAGAGGCUGAGUCCCCUGGGUCUCCUGCUCUGCCCGGGCCCCACCCACCAGCCCCUCUCCCCAGGGGUGGGCCCCUCCCACCAGCCCCCCUGCUGCAGUGCCCGCCUCCCCUCCCCAGGGAUGGGCCCCUCCCACCAGCCCCCCUGCUGCAGUGCCCGCCUCCCCUCCCCAGGGAUGGGCCCCUCCCACCAGCUCCCCGCAGAGCCCACCUGCCCUCCCCAGGGACGGGCUGGGCGAGAACUGCAGCCCGGCAGAUUUUGUUCCCCUGCAGGACAAUGGCGUCUAGGGCCCCAUGCCCCCAGUUGCCGGGAAUGGAAGAGCCGUUCCCACUCCACUAAGUAGUUUCUCUUCCCCCUUGUAACCAUGUCCUGGAGCUUCCCCCAGUAAACGAGCCUCACUGAUGGGCCGGGAGGGGUUAGGUGAGCAUUCAGGGCAUGGGACCUCCCAGAGCUGGAGCUCUGACAUAGGCCUUCGCCCUGCGGGGCAGGAAUCCCGAGCUGGGACACUGUGCAAUAGCUGUUGGUUUAAGCCAUUUGUGCUGGAGGAGACAGGAGCCCCUGCAGAUGAGUGUGUCAGGGCACACUCCGCCAGGCAUGUGCUAUGGGGCCUCUGGACGUCUUGCCACUCCACCCCAGCCCCUGCAGGGUGGCAGCAUUCAAGGGUGCAGGCUGUAGACACAGAGCCCUUAGUAUUGGAUCCAGGGAGGUUGCCACCAGGUCCCUGGCUGGCUCUGCACCCGACAUGGACCCGUGGUUCCUAACGUGAGCGCCCAUGGGAGAGGCUGAGGCAGCAUAGAGUUUCUUCAGCUUGAGGGGGGGGAGGUCCUGCUGUGAGGCCCACUCCAAGUCUACCUCAGGGACAGGGAAGGACACAGCAGGGGCUAGGGUCUCUCGCAGAAAACCCAGGGGCCUUAGUUCUCACUCUCCCAGCACUGUCAGGGUGGUGUCAUUUCCCAGUGCACCCUUACACUGCCUGCCCUUGGUGCCGGAUCUGCACACCCUGGCACAUUGCUCACCCGGCUCCCAGUCAGAGCUGCUCCCCAGGCUUGUUUACCAUCGAGCUCCUGUCCCACCUCUCCAACGCCAUGGACCUGUUUCCUCUUCGUUGCGAUCUGCAUGUCAAAUAGAGUCUGUGAUUGAGCCUCUGUUGAAACCGAAGGCGCCGGCUGUGCGUGGAAGUGGAGAGAUAUUUUAGCACUGAAUAGAAUAUUUUUAAAAUUAAACUAUUUGAAAUACA